CGACGCUUUGGUGACUGGUUUUAUAAGAUAGUAGAGAUUUGAGAACCCAACCUACAAUUAUUUAGCCAAACGUUUUACCAAAAUUAAGUGCUGUUAGUUGAACAUUUGUUCAAUUAUUUUGAUAUUUAGAACUUAAAAUUACAUUUUUUAGUUCAAGCCAACGUUACUCAAUAUGAUUUCUCCUUUUAAUCAGCUAAGCAAACUUGUGGAGCAACAAAAUUCAGUGGACACAUUUCCUCAAUUUAAAACACACCUUGUACCAGGCAGAACAAUUGCAGCUGCUGCAGCCAACGAAGAAAGUUGUGCAUUUGGUUCUUCUAAAUAUUUUGCAUUAUGUGGUUUAGGUGGAAUUUUAUCUUGUGGUUUAACCCAUACAAUGGUUACACCUUUGGAUUUAGUUAAGUGCAGACUUCAAGUAGAUCCAGGCAAAUACAAAAAUUUGAUUAAUGGUUUUAAAGUUACUAUGGCAGAAGAAGGUGUUAAAGGAUUAGCCAGAGGUUGGGCUCCUACUGCUAUUGGUUAUUCUAUCCAGGGAUUAGGAAAGUUUGGACUGUACGAAUAUUUUAAAAUAAUGUAUGCAGAUAUUUUAGGGGAAGAAAAAGCCUACUAUUGGAGAACAUCCCUUUAUUUAGCGGCUUCAGCUUCAGCUGAGCUUUUUGCUGAUAUUGGUUUAGUUCCUCUAGAAUCAAUUAAAGUUAAAAUUCAAACUACACCGGGUUUUGCCAAUAAUAUGCGUGAAGCUGUACCAAAAAUGAUCCAACAAGAAGGUGUUUCUGCAUUUUUUAAGAGUUUAGUACCACUAUGGAUGAGACAAAUCCCUUAUACAAUGAUGAAGUUCGCUUGUUUUGAAAGAACGGUUGAAUUGCUCUACAGUCAUGUUGUACCUAAACCUCGUGCUGAAUGUUCUAAAGGAGAACAAUUAGUAGUUACUUUUGCUGCAGGUUAUAUUGCAGGAGUUUUUUGUGCUGUUGUUUCUCAUCCUGCUGAUACAUUAGUAUCAAAAUUAAAUCAGGAAAAAGGAGCUUCUUCUAUGGAGGUGUUAAAAAAAAUUGGUUUUGGUGGUUUAUGGAAAGGUCUUGGACCCAGGAUUAUAAUGAUUGGUACCCUUACUGCUCUUCAAUGGUUUAUUUAUGAUUUUGUGAAAGUGUCAUUGAACAUUCCACGACCCCCUCCCCCUGUUCCUCCUAAAAGCAAGCAAGAAUAAAUUUUUUUAACAAAUAUUUUUAAACAGUAUGUUUAAGAAAAACUUUUUUUUUCAAACUAAUUAAUGUUCUAUGAAUUGUAAACUUACUCAUAGUAUUAUUAUCUUAUUAUUUGUUUUUGAAAAAUAUUCAACCUAUUGUAAGUAAAGAAGUAUUGAUAUGAAAUAUUUUAAUCAUAUUGAUUAAAUACAAGUAAUAUUUUAUUAUA